AUGGCGGUAACCUGUAGUUCUGCCCGGCCCCGCGGCGCCAGGGGGCGGCACCAAGCAUCCAACCUUACCUACGGACGCGUCCCACCCCGGGGCGGCACACCCGUUGAAUUGGCCGUGUUUCCGUUCCCGUCCGAGAAGCUAGGGACCCCGUCCGUCCAGUGUGCACUUUGGUCUGGCACCACAGUUCUCGACUUUUCGAAUGCGUCCUCUCCGCUGAAUCGGCCCAAGCUCCUCCUUUGCUCCUCCUACGACCGUGGUCCGCCGGCAAAGCCUACCGCACCCUGGGGGGCCAUUGGAGCGUCGACCGAGCCCACCAUGUCGCCUUCGACGGCAGUGCGGCCGCUCUUUCGAGCCGGCUCCCGCCUGCUCCUAGAACACUGGCAGAACGGCCUAGCUACCACCGCCAGCUCCGGGAGGCUCGCCGCUGCUUUCGGUCCCCGGCCAGCCUCCAGGCCGCCCUCGAUAUGUCUGAGCUGCAGCUUCACCCUCGGCCGGCAGCUGAGAUUCUCGUCCACAAACACACCUCCGCCCGAACCACCUCAACCUCCUCCUCGUAAAGACGAGCCCAAGCCCGAACAUGUCUCGGCCUCCAGCAGCUCCGAAUCAGCAGCAACGACAGAAGCAGAAUCGUCACCAUCCGAAGCAACACAACCACCACCACCGCAGUCACCGUCGUCGCCGCCGCCCUUGAACGCCUCUCAGACCUCUAAUCCCGUUACUUCAAACCCAUCCCUGCCCUCGCAUACCGAGUCCCGCCGCUCCCAGCUGAGCACCCGUUUCACCGAGUUCAUGGACCGCGCACAGUCGUCGCUGUUCGUGGCCUCGCAGCGCAUCAACGACCUGACGGGCUACUCGGGCAUCGAGUCGCUCAAGGCGCAGAUCGCCUCGCUCGAGGCGGGCCUGACGCGCGCCCAGGAGGACCUGCACGCGGCCCGCGGCGGCUACAAGGCCAAGGUCGCCGAGCGCGCCUCGACCCAGCGCGAGGUGACGACGCUGAUGGCCCGCCAGAAGACCUGGACCCCGCUCGACUUCGAGCGCUUCACCACCCUCUACCGCACCGACUACGAGCUCGAGGCCGACGUGGCUGAGCGCGCCCGCGACCUGGAGGAGGCCGAGCGCGAGGCCGAGAGGCUCAGCCGCGAGCUUAGCGCCGGCAUCCUCGCCCGCUACCACGAGGAGCAGAUCUGGAGCGACAAGAUCCGCCGCAUGAGUACCUGGGGCACCUGGGGUCUCAUGGGCGUCAACGUGCUGCUCUUCCUCGUCUUCCAGUUCGGCGCCGAGCCCUGGCGCCGCGCCCGCCUGGUCAAGGGCUUCGAGGAGAAGGUCCGCGAGGCCCUGGGCAACCAGGAGGAGAAGGAGCGUGCCCAGCGGCUGCGGGAGUGGGAGGAGCUCAUGCCCGUCUUCCGGGAGGCCGACCGGAAGGCCGCGGCUCUGGCGCCUGAAGCUGCUACUGCUACGGCUGCUUCUGCUUCUGCUGCAGCCGCUGCACCGGCCUCUGUGGCAGCAGACCCUGCGAGCCCUGCCGUGGCCGAGGCGGCAGAAAUACUAGAGGAGACACCAGCGCCCGCGGCAGCAGUGUCGUGGCGGGAAGUCCUCACGGACCCGGCGUGGUGGAAGGAAACAGCCGCGGACCUGACGAGCGAGCGCAAAGUGGCGAUCCGAAUGCGAGACGUAUCUUUGGUCGCGUUGGAGGGCGUGGCCGCCGGCGCUGCCAUUGCGGGCAGCAUUGCUAUACUAUUUCUGCGGAGAACGUGA